UGAUCAACUCAGCAACAUCACAUUCAAUCUGUGCGCUAUCCAAAAGCUCAUAAAGUCCACUAAAACCUCCUAUUUCACUGGUCCGGACAAUCUCCCAUCUGCUGUCAUAAAAUUCGGGGGAGAUGACAUCCCCUUGCUGCUACUGAAUAUGUUCACCUUAUCUAUGAAUUCUGGUAUCAUACCGGCUCAGUGGAAGGAGGCCAUAGUGAUGCCCCGUCAUAAAUCAGGUUCACUGUACGACGUAAAAAACUACCGACCGAUUAGUCACACAUCAGUAUUGUCUAAAAUGAUGGAGCGACAUGUAAAGUCGAAAACGCUUGAAUUCCUAUUAACUCGAAACUUAGUAAACAAUUCACAGCAUGGAUUCCUGAACUCCAGGUCCUGCAUCACUUGUCACUUAGAAUUUUUAAAUCACCUUGUCAGUUCACACGAUCGUGGCUUAUCGGCAAUCGUCAUCUAUCUCGACAUGCAAAAAGCCUUCGAUCGCGUACCUCAUAGUCGCCUACUAGCUAAGCUCCAAACCUACGGUAUAAAGGACCCCUUACUGGCUUGGUUUAGCUCAUAUCUCUCAGAUCGCUCCCAGAUAGUACAAAUCCAACAACAUAAAUCUCAACCCAAGGCUGUUACCAGUGGGGUGGUACAAGGCAGUGUUCUUGGUCCAUUGCUAUUUCUACUUUACGUUAACGACGUCUUCAGCGUAGUUAAAUGCGGCACACCCUAUCUUUUCGCCGAUGACAUCAAAAUAGUGUACUCCUUCCAUCCUACCAACCUCAGCAAUACUCUAAUGGAAAUCCAACUGGACCUCCAUGAGCUUGAGGCUUGGUGCAACACAUGGAAAAUGUCUUUCAACACUGACAAAUGUAGCGCGAUGUUAUACAGGUGCAAUGUUAAGCACAAUGCUCUGACCCUAGAUAGCAAACCACUUACUAUCUGUCAGACCAUCUGUGACCUAGGGCUUCGCUACUCAUAUUCCCUUAACUUCUCAGAACAAGCAUUUUAUGCAACAGCCAGAGCUAAACAACGCAUUGCAUUGCUAUUCAAAAAUCUUACUCUACGAGAUUCAAUUUGUUCAAUGUAUGAAUCAUUCGCCCGCCCUUUACUUGAAUAUUGCUCAAUGGUGUAUAGCAACUCCAGGAAGCAUGAUCGUAUCGCCAUAGAAAAGGUACAAAGAGCGUUUACAAAGCGCCUUAUUGGUACGAGCUUAGUGUUACCCUAUUCUGAGCGAUGCGACCUACUUAAGCUUGACCCAAUAUGGCUUCGACGCCUAAAAGUAAACUUAGCACUUUUUUUCAAUAUCCUGCACAAAAAUGUCCACACCCCUAGCAUUGAUCUAUCACUCAUGAAACCAAAUGGAUACAAUACACGCAAUAGAGAAAAUUCUGUGAUGGUAAGAAGGUCAAAGACAAACAUAUCAGCAAACUUUUUCCUAAAUCGGUACUCCCGUAUUUGGAACAAAUUGCCGACCGAUAUUCGUACUAGCACAUCUGAGUAUAACUUUCGUAGAAAGCUUGACGAAUAUCUUACAGUCAGCAAUGUGAUUAUGCUCCUGCGCUGCCCUACAACUAUUCAACAAACGUAUGAACAAGGUCCAGACAACAUAUAACUGAAAGUUGCAAAUGACUGUAUCAGUCAGAUCAACAAACACCCGUUGAUUCCCUGCUUACCCUUCUCUUUUAUUGCCCACUCCGGAUCUGCCUGCCCGAAAGCUCACCGCUGAUUAGUGGCUCCACUGAUACAUCGAUGGGUUGGAGGUCCAGGCUUCUGUUAUCCUCUUCAUCCCAUCUUGGCUCACUAUACUUCCCCUUGAUUUUACUUGGCUCCACUGCAACCAUGUGUCAGUUGAACCACUGGCAACUUGGUUAGCUGGACUCCCAAAUCCGGUUAACUAUCUCUCCAAUCGUAACUUCACUUCCGUUUCACCCGCUGGCUCACCUACCAUUCGUUUGUGAAAGCACUGACGCUUUGGUAGGUAAAGCACCCGGAUCCUUUCUUUACAUCUUCAACCCACCUUGCUCCCCAACACUUAGCUUCGGUUUUCACUUGACCAUAUCUUGCUGGUGAAUCAACCGACACAUUGUCAACAUCGACAUGUUUGCCACUCAGGACUACUGUAACCUCGUAAACAUAUCACUGGCGUUCUGUUGGACCAAUUCCCUGCAUAAUCAAACUCCUAGCGCAGUUAGCCAAACUACUAAAGGUUCGGCAUUCUUGUUCACAGCCCACAACCCACACAUCUUAAGUAAUCCGCAAUCCGUAUUGCGCCUCCUAAUUGUAAACAACAUCUGCAAUACAAUAAUAAGGUAGUUGCUUAAAUAUUUCCCUUUUUCACUGUGCAGUAAUGUGGACUUAUUUUUCCCUGUUAGCCAGACCCAUACUGCUGUUCCUUAUGCUGAGUCCAGAAAUUUGGUUGCGAGACCCUCCCCACACUAUAUUAUUCUCGAUUCCACACAUGUACAUAAUUCCCUAGGAAGUUUUCGGCCUCCAUCGCACUAAUACUUACUAAUACUUGCUAUUUCCCUUCUAUUUACGUUGAUCCGGACCACAACUCGUUCAACGGUACGAUGAGAUACUUGCUACCGAAGAAAGUUGGAUCUGCAUAAGAAUAACCUACAACUUGAAUCCAAUCCCACUCAAUACGAAUCUCCUCGCAUCCGAUAAACAAUUUCAGUUUCAGAGAAAACUUGUACAUAAUGAUCGGUCCAGGGUCUCUGGAACGUGUCUCACCUUUCUGAGAAAUAUACCUAUUA